GUGGGACGUUUCACUGCGCAUGCUCAGAGCAAAAAAAUUCCACAAAGCUCCACGUCUGAACGGUGGCGCCUUGUAAACCAAUCAGGAGCGGCCACAGUGUGUUUUGGAAACAACGUUCCUCCUCUAAAGGCUGCUGUGACGAGCGGAACAGACAGUUUAGAAUCUCUCACAGGAGUUUCUCAGUCAACAAAGGAAAGUCGAUAUUUAUCUUUUGUUGUCUAUAAACUCUUUGACAUAGCGUCUUUAUUUGCGGCGAGUCUUGUUGCUGUACGUCCCACAUCACCCUCAGCUCGAGGUUACGUCGACUGACAGAAGAGUUAAAAAUGGAUGGAGGUUCUCGACAAGAACAGACGACAAGUCUUAUCAUUAAAUCGCCCAACCAGGCGCAGGAGGACCAGACCAUUGAAGGCAUUCAUCUGACCUGGACUGUGAAGGAGUUAAAAACGCACUUGUCGAGUGUCUACCCUUCGAAACCAGCUGUGACGGAUCAGAGGCUGAUCUUUGCUGGCAAACUGCUGCCUGAUCAUUUGCACAUCAAGGAUCUCUUCAGACAGAUCGACACCACUCCCACGCUGCAUCUGGUCUGUCCCAUGAAGACGGAUGAAGGAGCCGUGGCAGCUGGAGCUGAGGGCUGGAGCAUCACACAUGGCUCAUCCUGCCUUUCCCGCCUUGUCCCUGUACAGCCCUCAGCAGCUGCUGUGGCUGCAGCACGUCUACGCCAGGCAGUAUUACAUGCAGUACCACGCAGCUCUGGCAGCAGCGGGCUCCGUUCCCUCAGCGCCAGCGACGACCGUCGGUCAGUACCAGCCUGUUCCCGCGCACCAAGUCCCCGCCCCCAUCGCCAAUCAAAACCCCAUCGACAACCUGCCGGCCAAUCAGAACCCGGCGCAGGACGGCGCCUUCAUCGACCCGGGGGAGGCCAACCAGAACCUGCGCAUGAACGCGCAGGGCGGGCCCGUGAUGGAGGACGAGGAGGACCUGGAGCGCGACUGGCUGGACUGGCUGUACUCGGCGGCGAGGUUCGGCGUCCUGCUCAUGAUCGUGUACUUCAACUCCAACCUGAGUCGCUUCCUGCUGGUGAUGAGCACGCUCCUCCUCAUGUACCUACACACAGCUGGCUGGUUUCCCUUCAGAAGGAGACCACCAGUUCAGGGACCCAACAACCUGCAGCCCCCCGAGGUCCAACACAACCAGCAGAACGAAAACAGGAACCCAGAACCAAAUCCAGCCGACGGGCCGCAGGCCGAGCGCACAGAAGAACCUGACGGAUCGGAGCAAGCAGCCACGGCGGUCUUAGUCCCUCCUCACCAGGUGUCAGUCAUGUGGUCAGCCUGGGUCUUCUUUAAAACCUUCUUCUCCUCUCUCGUACCUGAGGCUCCUCAGGGUUUGGCCAACUGAGCGCCCUGGAGGGUGGACGCUUGACCUUCCAGAACAACAAACCUCUGAGCCGAGCCUGUCGAGUGACGGAGGGAGAACGACAGAGAGCAGCUUUUAUCUACCAAAAACAUGGACGGGAACAACGGACAACCCCUCCCCCCUCUGUUACAGACGGUUUUUAUCCCACCUUCAUGGUUUAUGCCUUACAGCACUCAAACUUCAUCUGAUGUUCACCUCRCAGGACGUGUUUGAGUUCAAAUAAUAAAGAAAAGUUUAUUUUUUAUCAUUUUUCUGUCUGGAAGAAAAGCAGGUAAACAGUUUAAAUUACGUUUAGAAUAUUUGAGACACUAAAACAGUGUCAGGUGUGCCAUUUAUUCAACAUUUACAGGUUUUCUUUUUUAUUAAAGAACAAUAAAAACAGAAGUUAUCUAUAGGAAUUUUAUUUCACAUUUCUAAGUUUACUAUAAUAAACAAAACAUGGAAUUUAAUUAACAUAAUUAAGAAAUGAUUUCAGAGCUGGUUUAUUUAUUUUUUACUCAGCAACUGUUCUUCCAGGYCUUGAGGAGGUUUUGUGACCAAAUCUUUCUGCCAAAUCUGUUUGUAAAACCAUGAGGAAUGCAUGCUUGAAAAAAAAAAAAGGUUUUGUAAAUAUAUUGUACGUGCACGAAGCACUUUAUAACAUUUAUCUUAUGCAAGCUUAGAAUAACAAGGGGGGUUGUUUUAUAGUUGAUGUAAAUAAAAACCUGUAAGGGCUUAAAAGUGUAUUUUUCUCUUAAUUCAGUUAAAGUUACAGGUAAAGUAAAAUAGACGUGGAGAGUAAAAUAAAAGUUUUAAUUAGUGGCUCGUUGUAUUAAAUGAAACUGAUUUAUUGGAGCUUCCAGAACCACAUCAUUACUUUCUGUUCCUCCUGGUUUUAUCUCAUUGUGUUGCAUGAGAACUGAUCUUAUUUAAUUAUAGCAGGAUGACUGUUGUGUAAAUGUAAAAUACAGGUUUUUAUACAUUUACAUGGGAAACCUUUUAAAMGAACAGCGACUCCUGUAAUUAACUCUGUAAAGUUUUAUUCUCUUUAGAAAAAGGACUAAAGAUUGUGAAUUUAUAAUGUUUAUUUGUGAACCCAUGCUGUAGAAUAAUGCUAGUGUUGAUGGGAAUUUGCAAUAACUGAUGCAAUAAAUGUUCUUCGAUGAUCA